AUGGCGCUCCGCGGAACACUUGCGUGCCUACCUAUGCUCCAUCUUGACAGAUGGGUGCAGGUGUAUCUAUAUUUCGAGAACUACUCUUAUUUUUCUGCCACAGCUUUAUGCUGCUAUGAUUAUGCCCUCACACUUGAUCGCGAGGUUAAAUACAUGUGGAGGUCGAAGCAAUCAUUUGCCACCUUACUAUUCUACACCUGUCGGUACUCGGCAAUCUUGAACACGGCGCUGGAACUACUGACCCGGAUGGCUUGGCCAAGCUGGCAGUCUGACAAACUGCGGAUACGUUCAACGUUUACAAAUGGGGCUGGACACCGCCAUUUUGGUCACUACAACCACUCCGUCGGUUAUGAACACCUAAGCUAUAGCAGUCAACAUGCGUAUGAAAACGUAUGCCUCGAAGUUGUACUCAUAGUCGUGCGAAUCAUAGCUGUGCGUGAUAAUGGUUCCAUAUAUUUCCCUGCUCACCUUACCGGCUCGGAGACAGGGAUGAUUGGUGCACGAGCGGCGUCCGUGGUCUCAGACGGCCUCGUCUUGGUUCUCACCUGCAUCAAAACUUGGCAGCCGAAAGGAAACGCGGGGGCCCUAAUGAUGGAUAUCGGGACCACCAUUCGUGAGAUCCUGCUGAAGGACAGUAAGACUUCGGCCUUGUGUUUUGGAUUACUUUGCGUUGUCAAUAUUAUUGGAAUUGCAACUGGGCAUUUGACACAGUUCAUUGAGAUUUGGACGACGUGGACAGCAAUCUUGACCUCGGUUCUUCUAUCGCACUUAGCCUUAGACCUUCGUGAGGUAUCAGCAGCAGAAGGCAGCGGGAAUGAAAUGUUCUCACGUACCCUCCGCACUCUCAAUUUCCGCCAUGCAGAGGAAUCGUCUGAUCAUCUCACGCCAAGUGACGAGAAUCAAGCCGUUUCUGGGAGCUCCGUGCAGCAUGCUGAAAUACCGGUGAUAGUGCUCGGAGAACGCUACUCACUUCAUUUGAUGGAGUAUCGAUGCGUCGACGCUUCAAUCACGUGUUUCACCAAAUCGCUAAGUUGCAGCUCCGGCCACUCCGAGUUGAACACAUACCCGCUGCUUGACAAUAACCUGGUCCAGUCACUGUCUAUAUCUUCUAAUGAUGAGACUAGUCGCUGGCCAGGGAUUCGUAUCAAUCAGUACCUUUCGAAGCCUCGGACUGUCAUAUCGCUCCUUAGAUUAGACGGUAGCGGUAUUCCAUACAAUACACAAAUGCACACGGGAAUAUUGCAUGACAAAUGUCAACAUCUUGUGGAUAGUCGUGGUCAUCGGUUUAUUCGUGACAGCAUCUCGAUAAGGACGUUGACUACGGGCUGGCAAUUGUUGACUGUUCGGCAGGCUGAGCCUCGCCUACUUAAGGUGGCCACUUAUCUCAAUCUCAUGACUGCCAAAUCACCGAAUAGGGAUUCAUCGGACAUCGUUGAUGUUGCUGCACAAGGUUUAUCUUCUAUCACGCAAAGACCAGUGUACAGAAGAGAAUCCCGCUUUGCGCUUGCUCGAGUCGUGAAUUGUAUAAUUCGGCCGGUCGCCUCACGCUGCUUCAUCGGUAAGCUCGACUAUUCCCUCUCUCGUGAAGCCUCGCCUCCGUUCAGACGAUCAUACGCAUUGGGCGACAUCGAUGUGUGGAGUAAUUGCACACCGGCUGCAUUCCUGGGUAGCGGCUGUGUGCUUCACCUGAGCGGUGGAUCAAUCUCGCCUGCUCCAUUGAUUUCGGAUGUCCUGCAACUGUGGACUAACGUUUUCCAAGCGCUAUGCUGGUACGACUUCUUUCUUACGCUGGACCGCGAAAUCAAGUUUGUAUGGAAGGCGGAGCAAUCACUGGCGACAAUUCUUUUCUAUUUUUACCGCUACCCCGGUCUACUCAAUCUCAUCAUCGAGCUGUCAGGGCGAAUGUCAUUGCACAACUGGCAAACUGAUGCUAGAUGUGGGGCUGUUCUCCACACCCAGAUGGCGCUAGACCUCAUGAUCUUGAUAUCUUCGUCUACAUUCCAGUCUUUGCCGCUCUGCCUCAUUGAUAUCUUCGUUGACAUCAAGCACAACUUGGUUCAGUACAUAUUUGUUAUGUCCGCUACCAAGCUGGAUGCCGUCAAACAGUUUCAGGGGUGCACGCUAGACAUUAUCGGCGAUCAACACCGCUAUGAAUUUUGCUCCUUCUCAGCUCAAAUGAUUCUGCAGGCGUACGUGAAGUUCUUUCCAUUUGAGCAGGCAUCUAAUCGGUCGCGCCAGUUAUGA